AUGUCCUCGCAACAAGCCGACAUUUUCGACUUCUCCAUCAGAUCUACCGUGGAAGAUGUCAUGAAUGGUUAUAAUGGAACGGUCUUCGCUUAUGGCCAGACCGGCGCGGGAAAAUCUUAUACAAUGAUGGGAGACAUGGAUGAUCCACAUAAAAAAGGCAUAAUACCGCGAAUUACAGAGCAGAUCUUCGAUGCCAUUCUCGUGCAUGGUUCUGCCCAGAUCGAAUACACCGUGGGCAUUUCAUAUCUGGAAAUCUACAUGGAACGAAUACGAGACCUGUUAAACCCGGUUAUGGACAAUUUGCCCAUCAACGAAGGCCCGAAAGGUCCAUAUGUGAAAGGGCUACGCGAGAUAUACGUGAACACAGUGGAUGAAGUGUACACGGCGAUGCAUCUGGGGCAACGAGCAAGAGUGACAGCAUCUACGAACAUGAACUUGGAAUCUUCACGGUCACAUUCGAUAUUUUUGGUCACGAUAAACCAGAAAGACGUCAACACUGGAUCGCAAAAGAGUGGUAUGCUUUAUCUGGUCGACUUGGCAGGUUCGGAAAAGGUGGGCAAGACAGGGGCUAGUGGACAGACGCUGGAGGAAGCAAAGAAGAUCAACAAGAGUUUGAGCGCUCUUGGAAUGGUCAUCAACGCCUUGACUGAUGGAAAAUCGACUCACGUCCCUUAUCGAGACUCGAAACUGACGAGAAUUCUCCAAGAAAGUUUGGGAGGUAAUUCAAGAACGACUUUGAUUAUCAAUUGUUCUCCCAGCAGUUACAACGAUGCCGAGACUGUCAGCACCUUACGCUUCGGAAUGCGAGCAAAGACGAUUAAGAACAAAGCCAAGAUCAACGCCGAAUUGAGUCCUGCCGAACUGAAGCGUCAACUGAAGAUCAUCCAGAAUCAAGUGAUGACGUUCGAAAGGUACAUAGCUUCUGUGGAUGCGGAGCUGUCGUUAUGGCGAAGGGGAGAAACAGUUCCAAAAGAAAGAUGGGUUCCUCCGAUGGGAGGCUCGAAACCAGAAUCGAGAGUCAGACCAGAUACACCCUCUCGUGCUCCCUCGGAUCUGCUAAGAUCAGAAACUCCAAGUAGGCCAGAUUCUCGAAUGUGCGACAGAUCCAGCACACCCAGUAUUAUUCUGGAAAAGGACGAGAGAGAGGAGUUCCUGCGCCGAGAAAACGAACUGCAAGACCAGCUCACGGAGAGAGAGACUCAAGCCGCAAAUGCCGAACGGAGCCUGCAGGAACUGCGAGAAGAACUAAAGUCGUAUAAAGAAGGAGCACUUCGAACAACGAAAGACAACGAGAUCAUGGCGGAUAAACUUAACAAGACAGAAUUGGAAUUGCAAAAGUUGAGCUAUCAAAGCAAAGAAGACGCAAUCACGAUGGAAGGCCUGAAAGAUGCGAAUACCGAGCUAGAAACCGAAUUGGUCUCUGUCAAACAACAGCUUCUGGAACUCAAGAUGAGUGCUAGGGAAACUACGGCAGCUCUCGACGAGAAGGAUCGCAAGAAGAAGGAGAAAAUGGCAAAAAUGAUGGCCGGCUUCGAUUUGGGAGACAAUGCAUUUUCCGAGAACGAGGCCCGCAUGCGCGACAUGCUGGAUCAAGUCGAAGCACUCCAUGCUGCCAGUCUGAAUGGAGAACAAGUGUCGUCGGAUGUUCUGGACGAUUUGAGAAACAAGCUGCUAGAAUCUCGAGAUUUAGCCCGACAAGCAGAGACAUCGCUGAGUGUCCGCGCAGAAAGCGAGCAUGAAGACCGGACCACAGCGUUGGAAGAGAGACUGGCUGCAGUCCAGCAAGAUUACGAGGAUCUUUUGACGCGUAACUUGGGCCCUGAAGACGUGGACGAUGUCAAGAGCAGACUGGAGCAACUCUAUACUGAUCGAAGAGAGGCACAAACGGAGUUGGUGCAUGAUCUGCGAGACCAGCUUACUCACAAGUCUCAAGAGGUCGAGAAGCUCCAGAAAUCCGUGUCUGAGUUGCAAAGCCGUAGCGCCGCAAAUGGCGCGAUCAAUGGAACCCCCAACAAGAGUGUACAGCAGCAGAUGGCUGAGUUCGAUCAGAUGAAGAAGAACCUGAUGAGGGAUCUUCAAAACAGAUGCGAACGCGUCGUCGAACUGGAAAUUUCGCUUGACGAGACACGGGAGCAGUACAAUAAUGUUCUGAGGUCGAGCAACAACCGUCAACAGCAAAAGAAGAUGGCAUUUUUGGAGCGCAACUUGGAACAACUUACCGUGGUGCAGAGGCAGCUCGUGGACCAAAACACCAGCUUGAAGAAGGAAGUGGCAAUUGCUGAGCGCAAGCUGAUUGCAAGGAAUGAACGGAUUCUGAGUCUGGAAAGUCUGCUGAGCGAUAGCCAGGAGAAACUCACGGCAGCAAACCAUCGUUUCGAACAACAAUUGGCCGCAGUCAAGGAACGUCUCGAAGCCGCCAAAGUGUCGUCAAGAAACAUGGCCGCCGGUGGUCCUGGUGCAGCAGGUGGAUUUAACGGCCUCAUGAAUGCCGGAGCGAGGAUCGCAAAACCACUUCGCGGAGGAGGCGGUGCUCCGCCGUCCAGCCUGGACGGAGCUAACGCUAAUGGCGUGGCUUCGUUGCCCAUCAUCUCAAGUUUGGCUGGGUCGGAUGGAGGGAACAAACGAAGCAGUUGGUUUUUCAACACGAGUCGAUGA